AUGGAACUAAGCUAUCGUGCCCGCUUUUUCAUCAUCUUAGAGGUUAACAACAUUACACUGAUACUACAUGUAGUAGAGGUUUACACCUUUACACUGAUACUACAUGUAGUAGAGGUUUACACCUUUACACUGAUACUACAUGUAUUAGAGGUUUACACCAUUACACUGAUAUUACAUGUAGUAGAGGUUUACACCUUUACACUGAUAUUACAUGUAGUAGAGGUUUACACCUUUACACUGAUACUACAUGUAGUAGAGGUUUACACCAUUACACUGAUACUACAUGUAGUAGAGGUUUACACCUUUACACUGAUAUUACAUGUAGUAGAAGUUUACAACUUUACACUGAUACUACAUGUAGUAGAGGUUAACACCUUUACACUGAUACUACAUGUAGUAGAGGUUUACAACAUUACACUGAUACUACAUGUAGUAGAGGUUAACAACAUUACACUGAUACUACAUGUAGUAGAGGUUUACACCAUUACACUGAUACUACAUGUAGUAGAGGUUUACACCAUUACACUGAUACUACAUGUAGUAGAGGUUUACAACAUUACACUGAUACUACAUGUAGUAGAGGUUUACACCUUUACACUGAUACUACAUGUAGUAGAGGUUUACACCAUUACACUGAUACUACAUGUAGUAGAGGUUUACACCAUUACACUGAUACUACAUGUAGUAGAGGUUUACACCAUUACACUGAUACUACAUGUAGUAGAGGUUUACACCUUUACACUGAUACUACAUGUAGUAGAGGUUAACAACAUUACACUGAUACUACAUGUAGUAGAGGUUUACACCAUUACACUGAUACUACAUGUAGUAGAGGUUUACACCAUUACACUAAUACUACAUGUAUUAGAGGUUUACACCUUUACACUGAUACUACAUGUAGUAGAGGUUUACACCUUUACACUGAUACUACAUGUAGUAGAGGUUUACACCUUUACACUAAUACUACAUGUAGUAGAGGUUUACACCAUUACACUGAUACUACAUGUAGUAGAGGUUUACACCUUUACACUGAUACUACAUGUAGUAGAGGUUUACACCUUUACUCUGAUACUACAUGUAGUAGAGGUUUACACCAUUACACUAAUACAACGUGCAGUAGAGUCUUACAGCAUUUCAUUGAUAAUACAUAUAUAAGAGGCAGGACUUGUAUUGUAUCAGUUAUUUAAAUCUGUAUUAAUAAUUUCGCUUAAAAUUUCUUUGUAAUGAUCAAGUUUGUUUUAUUCCUUUUCUGUAAAAUCCUUCAUAUAAAAUAAGUAUGUUAAAAAUCCCUCCAAGUAUUUUCAUUUGUAUGAAAUAUCAUUUCAAUAGAUAUUAAUUUGUUCGUGGUCAGGGGGAACAACUCCAACUUACUACUGUUAGUAAUAAAUUGACUCCAUAGAGGAUAUUGAAUGGUUUCCCGUUUAAUAUAACAUAUAUUUCAUGAGUUUGACAGAAUAUCGA